CACGCAGCCCCGGAAAUGGAAGUCUCAACGCUAACGUUCUUUCUUUCAGAUCAGACCUUAUGCAUUGAUGAAUGUCUUUCUUGGAUAGGUAUAUAAGAAGUGAAAGAGCAGUUGGGGUUUUCAUUCACCAUUGCUUAAGAGAGAAUGAAUCCGUCAGGAAGAUUGUCGGCAUUCAUUGGGAUGAUGAUGAUGGUUAUGGUGAUGAGGGUCGCUUCACAUGAUUAUGGAGAUGCACUGAGUAAGAGCAUUUUGUUCUUUGAAGGACAGAGGUCGGGGAAGUUAUCCCCUACACAAAGGAUCACUUGGAGAAAGGAUUCUGCUCUUAGCGACGGCUUUCAGAUUGGUGUUGAUUUGGUGGGCGGAUACUAUGAUGCUGGUGAUAACGUUAAAUUCAACUUCCCAAUGGCAUUCUCAACAACAAUGCUGUCUUGGAGUGUAAUAGAGUUUGGCAAGUUCAUGGGUCCUGAUCAGCAACAUGCACUCGAAGCUAUUCAAUGGGCAACUGACUACUUCCUUAAAGCCACCAGCAUUCCCGGCUUUGUGUUUGCCCAAGUUGGUGAUCCUUACGCCGAUCACAAUUGCUGGGAGAGGCCUGAGGACAUGGACACUCCUAGAACCCCUUAUGCAGUCAGCAAACAGUUCCCGGGCUCUGAAGUUUCCGGCGAGAUAGCGGCUGCCCUUGCAGCUGCUUCCAUUGCGUUUAGGCCUAAAAACCUCGCAUAUUCUGCAAGGCUUCUCAAAAGGGCUAGAAUGAUUUUUGAUUUUGCAGAUACUUACCGCGGAUCUUAUAAUGUUAGUCUUGGACAGUGGGUAUGCCCAUUUUACUGUGAUUUCAGUGGAUACGAGGAUGAAUUGGUGUGGGCAGCUGCAUGGUUGUACAGGGCCACUAAGUCCCCUAACUACUGGAACUACGUUGUGGAUAACGUAAAACAUUUAAGGAAAGUCCUUGUAAGAAAUAUAGAUGGGGUCAUCUACAGCGGUGGUAGUUUCGCUGAAUUCGGAUGGGAUACUAAGCACGCAGGAAUUAACAUACUUGUUUCCAAGAUGCUGCUGAGAAGCAAUACUUCCAAUUUAGAUCUAUUUAUUCCCAAUGCGGACAAGUUUGUAUGCAGUGUGUUGCCUGAAUCACCCACCCUGUCAGUCUCAUAUUCUCCAGGAGGACUGCUAUUCAAACCAGGAGGAAGUAACUUGCAACAUGCCACGGCUUUGUCCUUUCUUCUACUUGCUUACUCUCGUUAUUUAAAUCAAGCCAACAGAGAGAUCCAUUGCGGAAACGUGGUUGCCAAUUCUGCUAGGCUUGUCGAAUUGGCCAGAAGCCAGGUGGACUAUAUACUAGGAAGUAACCCAUUGAACAUGUCGUACAUGGUGGGAUAUGGGCAAAAAUAUCCACAGCGGAUACAUCACCGGGCCUCGUCUCUGCCGUCCGUUGAUCAGCGUCUGGGGAGAGUGGAUUGCCAGGGCGGAAGUACAUAUUUCCGCAGUGACAAACCUAAUCCCAACUUGCUGAUAGGAGCUGUUGUAGGAGGACCUGAUCUCAAGGAUUCUUACGCUGAUAGUAGAGCUGAUUUUGUAAAUUCAGAGCCUACCACUUAUAUUAAUGCACCUCUAGUUGGUCUCUUGGCUUACUUCAGCUCACAUCCCUCCUCAUAGUUUUCAUUUUUUUUUUUU